GGAGCGGCCAAUGGACAAGAGGCGGGCGGGGAGAUUCGGUGAGCUUUGAUCUGAGACGGGAGGUGAGUAGGAAGAGCGAGGGAGGGGAGGCUGCUCUGAAUAUGAGUUUGGGGGGCUUCGCGAGGCUCCGUCCCAGCAUGUGUUUUCAAGGGCCAUCCCCUUCCCCUCUGUGUCCUGAAGGUUGCGAAGGAGAGUAACUCUGGCCACGUGCAGAGUGCCUUUCCUUCCAGGGGACACAAAACAGGGUUAGAGCAGAAAUCAUGUAGCCUUGGAAUGGACUGAGGGUUGCCAACUUCCGCACUGGCCCCUGAAGCUGUGCCUUUUAAGAGAUUAAAAGGAUCUGCAGCAAUCAGCAAAGGAUUCUGUUUAUCUCCCGUGACAGCCACAUCUUCACCUAUUAUUGUUGAUUUUAUAGUGUUGUUUUAUUAAUUUUUAUUAAUAAUUAUUUUAUAUUUCUUACCUGAUUUUCACAAUGAAGUCCCAGAGUGGGUAGUAAUAAUAAUAAUAAUAAUAAUACAACAAUAUUCUAUACAACACAAUGGUUAUUUUCAUUGAUCUACCAAUAUAUACUGGGGCAGAGUUUGGGAAGAUUGGUGCCCUGAGCCAGGACAAAAUUUGGCACACACACCCAAAUAUUUCUUAUUUUCACAACAAUUCUUUUUGGUACUGUUGCUUUUUUAUGGAUCUUCUCAGUGGCUACUCAUAUAAACACAGGUCAUUGUUAUUUCUAUCUUGCCCUUCCCUCUCAAAGAAUAUUGUAGACCAGUGUUUCCUAAAGUUGUAGUACGCAUACCCCAGGGGGUACAGGAAAGGGUUUCAAAUGGUAUAUGACAUAUAUAUAUGUAUAUAUACACACACACACACACAUAUAUAUAUAUAUAUAUAUAUAUAUAUAUAAUAGAUAAAAUAGUAUUAUUAAAACUCCCCCCAAAUUAUCUUCCAAGAAGGGGCAGGCCAGUAAGACUAAAUUUUCAAACCCAAUUAUUGUAAGUUUGGGAAGUACCAUUGUAGAUAAUGUGAUACUUGUUUUAAUUUAUUUACACACAUAUAUAUUGAUUUUAACAUAUUGCAGUCAAUAGGGGGAGCUGGGGUGUUUCAUUUGUGUGUGCAUGUAGGUGUUUUAUGAGGAUGUUAAUGUUUUAUGCAAUUUUUUAAUGGCUCGAUGCAUUUUUGCUUAUUUUUAAAAAUGCAAGUUGCUUGGAGACCUUGUACGAACAAGCGACUAGUAAAUUUGAUAAUAGUAAUAAUAAUAUGUGCAUCAAAACUUCACUAAUUUUGCUCAAGAGAUUGAAGCUAGGGUGCUUUCCUUCCUUUCUUUUCUGACCCGUUGGCACCCAUCCUUGAGACCCCUGGAUUCUAGGCCCAAAGCAGGGAGGAAGGAGCAGGUGCUUCUGCUAUGUAGCUUGGCUGGAGAUCUUGGAUUCCUGAAUUCCUUGAGAGGGAAGGGCAAGUGUCUCUGACUUCACCAACCUGGAAGCUUCCAGGUGUUUAGGACCGCACUCCUAUCGGCUGCAGCCAGCACCACGGGGGAGAGCUUCCUUCAUUUUGGGAAGGGAUGUUACUGGCCUUUCAUGCAUGUGUCAAAAGGGACAUGGGUGGCGCUGUGGGUUAAACCACAGAGCCUAGGACUUGCCAAUCAGAAGGUCGGCGGUUCAAGUCACCAUGAAGGGGUGAGCUCCCGUUGCUCGGUCCCUGCUCCUGCCAACCUAGCAGUUUGAAAGCACGUCAAAGUGGAAGUAGAGAAAUAGGUACCGCUCCGGCAGGAAGGUAAACGGCAUUUCCUACGUUGGCUCCCAGUACGUUUCCGAGCACAAUUCAAAGUGUUGGUGUUGACCUUUAAAGCCCUAAGCGGCCUCGGCCCAGUAUACCUGAAGGAGCGUCUCCACCCCCAUCGUUCAGCCCGGACACUGAGGUCCAGCGCCGAGGGCCUUCUGGCGGUUCCCUCGCUGCGAGAAGCAAAGCUACAGGGAACCAGGCAGAGGGCCUUCUCGGUAGUGGCACCCGCACUGUGGAACGACCUCCCAACAGAUGUCAAAGUGAUAAACAACUACCUGACAUACAGAAGACAUCUUAAGGCAGCCCUGUUCAGGGAAGUUUUUAAUGUGUGAGAUUUUAGUGUAUUUUUGGUCUCUGUGGAAGCCGCCCAGAGUGGCUGGGGAAACCCAGCCAGAUGGGCAGGGUACAAAUAAUAAAUUAUUAUUAUUAUUAUUAUUAUUAUUAUUCUGUGCGCUGCUCUGGUUCGCCAGAAGUGGCUUAGUCAUGCUGGCCACAUGACCCGGAAGCUGUACGCCGGCUCCCUCGGCCAGUAAAGCGAGAUGAGCGCCGCAACCCCAGAGUUGGCCACGACUGGACCUAAUGGUCAGGGGUCCCUUUACCUUUACCUUGUUUGUUUGGAGGCACGGAGGAGGUUUUGCCUGUUUUGGAGAGGACCUUUCUGAGCAUCGUCAGUGUCUCUUCUGUGAAAUGGGUAUUUUGCGGGGGCCUGCUGCAGUCUUUCAGGUUUCCAAAUGUGCCUGUGGAACUCCCCCAAAAAGAAAAGGUUGGGGACCCCUACGCCAGAUGACUUUACUUUUAAAACACAUUCAGAGCACACACACACCCUGCAAAGAAUUCUGUCCACUGUAGUUUGUUAAGGGUUGCUGGGGCAGGGGAAGAAAACUACAGUACCCAGAAUUAUUUAAGGGACAGAAUGUGCUUUGAAUGUGCCUUCACGUGUACACAGCCAUAACCCUCGCUCCUGCCCUGUGGACAUUUCAGUGCUCAUUCUCACAGUUUAUUAAUUCUAACUCAGUGCUGUUUCGUGGAAUCUGGUGGCAGCUUUGCAUUCAGCCGUAGUUUGGUCGCCGUAGGCGAGAAGGAACCCCAUGCAGGUGACCAAGCGAGCUGGCCCAAGUCUCCACUCCUGCAUCUGGGUGGCUUUAAACGUACAAGGCCUUACAAGGAGUGGUCCAUCGCAAGGAGAGGUAAACAGGGAAUCCUACUUUGUGAUCUUCUUGCUUGUUCCCAAGUUUUAGUUCGUGCCAGCCUCCCAGCUUUGCCAUGUGGGCCCCCCUGCACCCUGCUGAGCGCUGGCAGUGAUGCGCUGGAACCUCCGGCUGUGCCAGGGGAUUCUGCACACGGGACGGCAGAGCGGGUAUCUCCGAGCCAUGGCAGCACAGAGCAGCACCGCCGCUCCCGGAGCCAGUGAAGGAACCUCGGAUGGCACCGUGACAGCUGGGAUCAUAGUUAUCGGGGACGAGAUUCUAAAGGUGCGUGAGCUGCGGGAAGGUGUGGCAGUGGCCCUUGUCUUAGACGCAGUGGCGGCUGGUGAUGCCCGUUGGGGGCUGGUGAGGCUGGAGGCAGAGAGGGCAAUAGUAGGCAGAGCCAGAGGCAGUAAUAGGCGGAGCCUGGAUUCUAGGUUUGUCCCCAUCCUUCUUCCUGCAAGAGCCAAUGCAAUUUAGUCUAUAUCAGGGGUCCCCAAACCAUAGCUGUCAACUUACAGAUUUGAAAAUAAGGGACCAGCAGCCAAAAUAAGGGAUCAACAAUUACUUUGAUAAAAUACAUAUUUUGUGGCAUGCAAAUGGCUUUAGAUACCAAUUAGGUCCAUAAAUUACCAUAUAGCAUAUAUUCAACACAAAAAAAACAGCAACAAUUUGUUGUUGACAAAGGACAGCUGGACCUAGAAAGGGCCCCAUUACCUUCAGUAGCUUAUUUAAGGGACAUCAUCAAUAAGGGACAGCAGUGGGACAUGGCGCUGGGAUAAGGGACUGUCCCACCAAAUAAGGGACGCUUGACAGCUAUGCCCCAAACUAAGGCCUGUGGGCUGGAUAAGGCCCGAGGGACUCGUUUAUCCGGCCUGCAGCGACCCCUGCCACCCACUUUUACCAGCACUGUGCUGCACAGCUGCCCACUUCCGGGUCCGAGGAGCACCGGAAAUAGCUUAUGCGCAAGCGUUAUUUGCGCAUGCGCAAGCAUUAUUUCCAGUGCACAUCCAGGUCGGAGGAGGCCCGUGCACAUGCGCACAAGCUAUUUCCGGUGCUCCUCCGACCCGGAAGUGCGCUGGAAAUAGCGUGUGCGCACGCGUAUGGGCACGCGCUCCCCCGCCCCCCGGCCCGCUGUGCAAUCAGCACUGGAGACACCGGCCCAAGGUGCGGUAAGUUCGCUAACCCCUGGUCUAUAUGAUCUACAUGGAACCCCAGCCGGUAAUCUAAAUUGAUCUUUUGUUUUUAUAAGAUUUCAUUAAGACUUUUCAUAAUACAAUUAAAAACAAAAUGAACCUAAAUGAAAGGAAAAGGAAAAAAGGAAGGAAAAGAAGAAGGUCCUCUCUCAAAGGAAGAACUUAAAUCUUGUCCCACGCACGAAGAGGCGAGACUUUUCCAGCUCUCACCUGGGAGAUCUUCCCUUCCCUGCCUCACGCAGGGUCCUUCAUCAACCACCCGUUUCCUUCAUCUGCACGCAGACCCCUCCCUAACCCUGAGGAUUAAGGAAGAUAACAAAAACCAAAGUGGAACAAAAUCAAGAGCUAAAUUAGAGCUCCCUGCCUAUUGACAUCAGGAGGCGUCUUCACUGUAGCCUUUUCAGCACCUGCUAAAAAAUUUUUUGUUUAGACAAGCCUACCUAGAUAUUUUUAUGAUGCAUUUGGGGGGGAGUAUUUUGGUGGUUUUAAUUUUUUUAAUUUUUUUGGGGGGGUGGUGGUUAAUGAAGUUUUCACAAUACUAUAAAAAAACAAACUAAUUACAGGAACUAAAAGAAAGAAACUGAAGAAAAAAGGAACAGGAAAAAAGCUACAAGAUACUCCCACACCAAUACAGUGGUGCCCCGCAAGACGAAUGCCUCGCAAGACGGAAAACCCGCUAGACGAAAGGGUUUUCCGUUUUUGAGUUGCUUCGCAGGACGAAUUUCCCUAUGGGCUUGCUUCGCAAGACGAAAAUGUCUUGUGAGUCUUGAGAUUUUUUUUCGCUCCCCCCCCCCCCUUUUCUAAGCCGCUAAGCUGCUAAUAGCCUUUUAGCAGCUAAGCCGCUAAGCCGUUAAGCCUUUAAUAGCCGCUAAACCGCUAAUAGCGCUAAUCCGCUAAGCCGCUAAUAGGGUUGCUUCGCAAGACGAAAAAACCGCUAGACGAAGACACUCUAGGAAUGGAUUAAUUUCAUCUUGCGAGGCACCACUGUAUAUGUUUAUUUGUUUUUAACCAAUAACCCUAUUGUUCUUUCCUUUUUGUAAACAGCUGUGAAGUGUUCUGCAGUCAAGCGGUAUACAAAUAUUAUGAAAUAAAUUAAUAAUCCGGCCUCUGCGGUUUGGUCCAGUUGAAGUUCCUGAGUCAUCCUCAAGGGCAGCCCCACGCAGAUUGGAUUGCCGUAAUCCAAUGUGGAUUAUUAAGUGAAAUAUGUAAUAGGAUUGACGGGGUGAGCUCCCGUUGCGCUGCUUCUGCCAACCUAGCAGUUCGAAAGCACGUCAAAGUGCAAGUAGAUAAAUAGGUACCGCUCCAGCGGGAAGGUAAACGAUGUUUCCGUGCGCUGCUCUGGUUUCUCCAGAAGCGGCUUAGUCAUGCUGGCCACAUGACCCGGAAGCUGUACGCCGGCUCCCUUGGCCAGUAAAGCGAGAUGAGCGCCACAACCCCAGAGUUGGCCACGACUGGACCUAAUGGUCAGGGGUCCCUUUACCUAUGUAAUAGGAUGCAGGAUUUGGCAAUAUUUGUGGCAGACCUCUUCGCACUGACAGCUCUCUUGUUUCGGCAGGGCUACACCCAAGACACGAAUUCCUUCUUCAUGUGCAAGAGGCUUCGCUCGCUUGGUGUGAAGGUGGCCAAGAUCUCCGUGGUUCCUGAUGACGUGGCUGCCAUCGCCAACGAAGUCUCGUCGUUCUCCAGCAAGUUCACCUACGUCCUGACCUCGGGCGGGAUUGGCCCCACGCACGACGACAUGACUUUUGAGGCAGUCGCCCAGGCUUUCGGAGAGAAGGUCGUUGCCCACCCAGAGAUGGUGGAGCUGGUGAAGAAGUUUUUUGGCAAGACAGGGGCCGACUGCCCCGAGAUGAAGCUGGCCCGGGUCCCCGCGUCGUCGCUGCUCAACUACGGCGAGGACGAGAAGACGGGCCGCCGCUUCCCCUACCCGCUCAUCAGUGUCCGGAACGUCUACGUUUUCCCAGGCAUCCCGUCGCUGAUGAGGCGAGCGCUGGAUGGUCUCGGCCACCUCUUCCGCAACGAGAAGACCCACUUCUGCUCGCAGGAGAUAUUUGUCAACUCCGAAGAGACCCUCAUCGCGCCCAUACUUGACCGGGCCAACGCCAACUUCAGACGUCGCACGAGCCUGGGCUCCUACCCAGAUUGGGCCAGCAACUACUUCCGGGUCAAGCUCACUCUGGACUCCGAUUCGGAAGAGGACCUGGAGGAAGCGGUGGCCUUCCUGAUGAAGCACCUGCCGCCGGGGAUUGUGGUGCCCCUAGUGGCCGAUCCCGUCUCGCAGGCAGCCCAGGACGUGUAUGCCUUAGCAGAAUCCGGUAGGGGAAUACAGUCAUACCUCGGGUUAAAGAUGCUUUGGGUUAAAUCUUUUCAGGUUGCAUCCCGCGGCGACCCGGAAGUACCGGAAAGGGUUACUUCCGGGUUUCGCCGCUCGCGCAUGCGCAGACGCUCAAAAUGACGUCACACGCAUGUGCAGAAGCAGCAAAUCGCGACAUGCGCAGACGCGGGUUGCAUUCUGCUCAUGUUGCGAACGGGGCUCUGGAACGGAUCCUGUUCGCAACCAGAGGUACCACUGUAAUGCCUGGCGUAUGGCUGGAUCUGUGGGGAUAGAGGACCACGAAGUUAAGAAUGCGGGACUAUGCAGGGGCUGAAAGGAGAGGCAGCGUGGUGUAGUAGGCAGAGCAGGGGUGGAGGGGACCUGUGGUCCCCUGUAGAUGUUGUUGGACUCCAACUCCCAUCAGUUCCACAUGGCCUGUGGUCAGGGAUGAUGGGAUUUGUAGUUCAGCGAUGUUCUCAGACUCCAGCUCCCAUCAGCCCCCAGCCAGCAUGAUGCCUAGAAUCUGUUUCGGCUACUGACCCGGCUGCUCCCCUGUCGGGACAGAGAUAGCCUAACUUCUAUGGCCUACAUUCUGGUAACCUCUAGGUUAGAUUACUGCAAUGCAUUGUACGUAAGGCUGCCUCUGAAGACGGUUUGGAAACUUCAGCUGGUGCAGAAUUCGGUGGCCGGGUCGCUCGCUAGGGCAAGAUGGUUUGAGCAUUUAACCUCAAUCUUGGCUUGACUGCACUGGCUGCCAAUUAGUUUCCAGGCCCAAUUCAAAGUGCUGGUUUUGACCUAUAAAGCCUUGAAUGGCUCAGGACCACAAGGAGCAGCUCUCUCCAUAUAAACACCCCAGGACUCUGCAUUCAUCCCCUGAGGUCCUUCUUCAUGUGACUCCUCCAUGUGAGGUCCAGAGGGUGGUGCAACACGAGAACGGGCCUUUUCUGCUGUGGCUCCCCAUUUGUGGAAUGCUCUCUCCAGAGAGGCUCGCCUGACACCUUCAUUAAUUGGCUGAUAGAACAUGAGACUCUUAAUCUAAAGGUCGUGGGUUCGAGCUUCACGCUGGGCAAAACGUUCCUGCAUUGCAGGAUAACUCGAUAACUCUUGUGAUUCCUUCAAACUCUGCAAUUCUAUGAUUCUAGACAACAAGCAAAAGCGUUCCUCUUCCCCCAGGCCUUUGGCUCAUUAAACAACCCACGGCCUUUUAAAGUGGGGCAGGGUAUUGUUUCUGUUUGUUAUUAUGGUAAGUAUUUUUGUGUUUUUAUAUUGUAAAGUGCCCUGUGAUCUUCUGUUGAAGGGCAGUAUAGAAACUUAAUAAUAAUAAUAAUGAUGAUGAUGUCAAAGUUCACCAAUGGUCAAGUCUUGUCAACUUAAACUACCUUAUAAGGUUGUUGUGAGUACAGUGGUACCUCGGGUUAAGUACUUAAUUCGUUCUGGAGGUCCGUUCUUAACCUGAAACUGCUCUUAACCUGAAGCACCACUUUAGCUAAUGGGGCCUCUUGCUGCUGCCGCGCCGCUGGACCACAAUUUCUGUUCUCAUCCUGAAGCAAAGUUCUUAACCCGAGGUACUAUUUCUGGGUUAGCGGAGUCUGUAACCCGAAGCGUAUGUAACCCGAGGUAUAAAAUAUGGAGGGCAGAACCAUGCACACCACCUUGGUAGCUCCUUGGAGGAAAUGGUGGAUUAUAAAUAUAAUAAAUAAAAGUAAUAAUGUUUUUAAUUUUUAUUAUUAUUUUUCAAAGACCCUGUUUCAUCCUAGUUGCUUUUACCUCCCUGUAGGUUCCCCUCUUGGCCAGAAGGUGGCAGCAGCAAUUCGGACCAUUGAGGAAGCUUUGGAUAAGUACAUCCUGUCAAAGCUUUGUGUCGGAUUCAAUGGGGGAAAGGACUGCACAGCCUUACUUCACCUCUUCCAUGCUGCUGUACAAAGGUACUUUGCACCCUUUUCUUUCCGUAUUUCUCAUUAGGACUUCCCUAGAUUGGGACGUGGGUGGCGCUGUGGGUUAAACCACAGAGCCUAGGACUUGCUGAUCAGAAGGUCGGCGGUUCGAAUCCCCACGACGGGGUGAGCUCCCGUUGCUCAGUCCCUGCUCCUGCCAACCUAGCAGUUCGAAAGCACGUCAAAGUGCAAGUAGAUAAAUAGGUACCGCUCCGGCGGGAAGGUAAACGGCGUUUCCGUGCACUGCUCUGGUUCGCCAGAAGCGCCUUAGUCAUGCUGGCCACAUGACCCGGAAGCUGUACGCCGGCUCCCUCGGCCAAUAAAGCGAGAUGAACGCCGUUACCCCAGAGUCGUUCGCGAAUGGACCUAAUGGUCAGGGGUCCCUUUACCUUUACCUAGAUUGGGACCAGGCAAGGGUUGUUUUUUUAAAAGCCUUUUCUAGCCCUGAUGGCAUAACAAAUCGCACAGCUUAGUCGUUUACCAACUUGUGGAAUUUUUCAACAAGUUUCUAGUCCUCAUCACUGGCUUAUCUGCAUUUUUCUUCUUCCUUUCUCUUUCUCCCAAUGCAGAUUUCUUUAUUGGAAGAGCUAUAAAAAACAAAAAAUACAAAUCAGGAGGGGCAGGUGCCCAUGUGUGGCAAUUUGAGGACCUCAGAAUCAGGGCUUGUCCAGCACGAAUUUUUCUGCCUGCAAAGGCAGCAGCUGUGAACAAGGAUACAUAAAGAGAACCUCCUUAUUCCGAAGCAGUCUACCCCUGGGUGCCAGUUGAAAGUGGGGAAGGGGAAAGCACCUUUUCUUUCCUUGCCUGUGGACUUCCCAGAAGCUGGCCCCCAUGAGGAAUGGGGUGCUUUGGGGGUGGCAGGGCAGACAUAGCUCAUUGGCACAACACCUGCUUGGAAUGCAGAAGGCCCAGGUUCAGCCCCUGCGUCGCCAGUUAAAAAUAAAACCAGUUACCUGCUAAGAGGGCAGAAGUCUCUUCUCUGCCUGAGAACCCUGGAGAGCCGCACUGCCAGUCAGAGUAGGUAAUUCUUGCCUAAAUGGACAAAUAACCUGGUAUAACGCAGCUUAGUGUGGGACGCGGGUGGCGCUGUGGGUUAAACCACAGAGCCUAGGACUUGCCGAUCAGAAGCUCGGCGGUUCAAAUCCCCGCGACGGGGUGAGCUCCCGUUGCUCGGUCCCUGCUCCUGCCAACCUAGCAGUUCGAAAGCACGUCCAAGUGCAAGUAGAUAAAUAGGUACCGCUCCAGCGGGAAGGUAAACGGCGUUUCCGUGCGCUGCUCUGGUUUGCCAGAAGCGGCUUAGUCAUGCUGGCCACAUGACCCGGAAGCUGUACGCCGGCUCCCUCGGCCAAUAAAGCGAGAUGAGCGCCGCAACCCCAGAGUCGGUCACGACUGGACCUAAUGGCCAGGGGUCACUUUACCUUUUAAGGCAGCUUAUCCAGUUCCCACUGAAAUGAAGGGUCCCUGUGUUCUCUCUUUCGCACCCAGGCGGUGUCCGGAGAGGUCGGAGAAGCUGCAGGCUCUUUACAUCCGGAUUGUGUCCCCGUUUCCCGAGAUGGAGGAGUUCAUAGAAGACACAGCCCAGCGGUACGAAACUUGUACUUUCAUUCCGGGGGGCUGGUGUGAAGUCCCUUAACAGGCAACAAACAAAAAGAUCGACACCUUCGUUUGUUGUAUCCCCGUAUUUUGUGUUUGUUUCGUUUUGAGAACCGCCUAGAGGACUUUUUGGAAACGGGAAUGGUGCUAUCAGUUGGCAUUCUGGGGGAUUUGCUGAGGCCCCAACAUCCCAGCAGGACUCCUUGCUGUUUCCACCAUAGCUGUCAACUGUCCCUUAUUUGGCGGGAAACUCCCUUAUCCCAGCGCUGUGUCCCGCUGCUGUCCCUUAUUGACGAUGUCCCUUAAAUUUCCUGGGUUUCAAAGGAAGCAGCUCCUCUCCCUCCCUCCCCGUCGGCCAGGGAGGAGGGAGGCUCCAACUGUGUUGCUUGGCUGCGUUGCUCACCCAAUAAGGAGUCUAAGAACGACUGGGGGGUGGAGCUUGCAUGCCUUGUGCUGAUCAAAUCGGCGGCAUUGCCUGGGGACUCGCCUUUGCUCAGCGCUUCCCAGCAGAGAGGUGACAGUGGUUUACCUUGCUGCAUCCCUUUUGCCUGGUUGCUGCGCUGUGGGAACCACCACUUGAGGCUUCGUUUGGCUGCCUGCUGGGCUUUCUGCCUUUGGCUCGGAGGAGCUCAGAAGAUGAACAUACCUGUGCCCGGAAAAUCCCUUAUUUUGCCUGCUGAUCCCUUAUUUUUGAGGCUGCUGGUCCCUUAUUUUCAAAUCUGUAAGUUGACGGCUAUGGUUUCCACCCAGAUCUAAUAUCCACCUCAGGGAUCACCAUCAUUGUUAUUAAAUCUGUUGCGAACGAAAAAGUGUUGUUUUUCCGGCACCAAAAAAAAUAUGUUGGCGUCAGGCGAGACUCCCUCUUCCACCUCCUGCAGGUACAACCUUCAGAUGUGUAAUGUCCACGGGAACAUCAAACAGGCGCUGGGCGACCUGAAGGUGCAACAGCCGCAGAUAGAGGCUGUGUUGAUGGGCACCCGUCGCACAGACCCUUACUCAUGCACCUUGACACCCUUCUGCAUGACGGACCCCGAUUGGCCCCAAUAUAUGCGGGUCAACCCUCUCCUGGUAUGUAGCAAAGGCGCUGUGGCAUGUCAAAGGGGACUGGGUAGGUCUGGGGGGGGGGCGUUCCUCAGAGGCAUCUCGCCCAGUAAGCAGAUGGGUGACACCUGGCUUGAGAGCAGUACAUGUGAAAAGGAUCUAGGAGUCUUGGUUGACCACAACCUUGACAUGAGCCAACAGUGUGAUGCGGCAGCUAAAAAAGCCAAUGCAAUUCUGGGCUGCAUCAAUAGGAGUAUAGCAUCUAGAUCAAGGGAAGUAAUAGUGCCACUGUAUUCUGCUCUGGUCAGACCUCACCUGGAGUUCUGUGUCCAGUUCUGGGCACCACAGUUCAAGAAGGACACUGACAAACUGGAACGUGUCCAGAGGAGGGCAACCAAAAUGGUCAAAGGCCUGGAAACGAUGCCUUAUGAGGAACGGCUAAGGGCAUGUUUAGCCUGGAGAAGAGGAGGUUAAGGGGUGAUAUGAUAGCCAUGUUCAAAUAUAUAAAAGGAUGUCACAUAGAGUAGGGAGAAAGGUUGUUUUCUGCUGCUCCAGAGAAGCAGACAUGGAGCAAUGGAUCCAAACUACAAGAAAGAAGAUUCCACCUAAACAUUAGGAAGAACUUCCUGACAGUAAGAGCUGUUUGACAGUGGAAUUUGCUGCCAAGGAGUGUGGUGGAGUCUCCUUCUUUGGAGGUCUUUAAGCAGAGGCUUGACAACCAUAUGUCAGGAGUGCUCUGAUGGUGUUUCCUGCUUGGCAGAGGGUUGGACUUGAUGGCCCUUGUGGUCUCUUCCAACUCUAUGAUUCUAUGAUGAUGAUGAUGAUGAUGAUAAAUUUAUUAUUUAUACCCCACCCAUCUGACUGGGUUUCCCCAGCCACUCUGGGGGUUCCCAACAAAAUAUUGUUAUUAUUAUUAUUAAUACAGUGGACGCUCGGGUUACAUGCCUCUGGCCCUCCUCUGAUCCUCUGUGCCUAGGAAGGUAUAUAGGUCUAGACUUACCUUCAUUUGCUGGAUGGCUUCCUAGCGUAGAGGAAUUUGAAGGACUGUCAUCCCUCCUGAUUACGCUGCUCUCCUUUUCCCAGGAUUGGACAUACCGGGAUAUAUGGAAGUUCCUUCGCAUGCUCUACAUCCCGUACUGCAUUCUUUAUGAUAAGGGGUAAGAACAGAUGUAGAAUUAAUAAUAACAAUAACAAUAAUAUAGCAAUACCAAUAUAUCGACUCUACCCCAGCUGGGUGAUUUGGGAGCCAGGGUCUGGGUGUGAUAGAUCCAGGAAUGCAGCUUAAUCCAGAAACUGCAGUUAGUGGUUAAUUAAUGCUGCGGCACAAUUGCUGACAGGAGCGGGACCUUUUCAGCACAUAGCACCUCUGCUGGUUCCCUGCUUGCCACAAAUUCAAGGUGUUACUAUUAGCAUAGAAAGCCCUUAACAGCUUGGGACCGAUUUACUGGUGAAAUCAUCUUACCUUCAUAUAUGCCCACCCAAACCGCUCCGAUUUGCAGAACCGGCAUCAUUAAGGGUGUCACAUACCGUAUUUUUCACUCUAUAGGAUGCACCGGACGAUAAGACGCACCUAGUUUGGGGGGGGGAGGAAACAAGAAGAAAAAAAUUCUGAACUUUGGCUUUGGGUUUGUUCUGGCUUUGGGCUUAGCCGCGCAGCCUGCAUUCGCUCCAUAAGACGCACACACAUUUCCCCUUACUUUUUAGAAGGGAAAAAGUGUGUCCUAUACAGCGAAAAAUACGGUAAUCCUCGUUCCGCAUUUGUAAGAAAUUGAUCUACACUUCGGAACCCCCUGCCUGUUGACAUCAGGCAGGCACCUUUGCUGCAGUCUUUUCCAGCGCAUUUUUGCCUAAGCAAGCCUAUCGAGGCAUGCAGACAUGUCUUUUAAUCUGGUUUUUGGUUUUUUUUAGCAAAUUCUUGAUUUCAAUUAACUUUCAAAUGUUUUAAAUAGUUGCUUUCCACUCUUUUUGCCUCAUUGUUUCAUUCUUUUCGUAAACCACUUCAUGGGUUGUUGUUGUUUUUUACGAUCGAGUGGUUUGUUACCAUUUUGUGCAAGGGAACAAAUGUAAAUAAAUACCGUAUUUUUCGCUCUAUAAGACACACCAGACCAUAAAACGCACCUGGUUUUUGGAAGAGGAAAACAAGAAAAAAAAUAUUCUGAAUCCCAGAAGCCAGGAUAGCAAGCGGGAUCGCUGUGCAAUGAUCCCGCUUGCUGUCCUGGCUUAUGGGAUAGCCGCGCACAGCCUCUCCCGGGCAGGGGAUGAAGGCUCCCCCUGCCCGAAGAGCCUGCGCACGGCCAAGCAAGAAGCCAGGACAGCCAGCGGGAUCGCAGCCCAGGAGAGGCUGCGUGCAGCUAAGGCUUCCCCAAGAGCCGCGCUGCCUUUAAAGAGCGUGCGGAGUGUGUGUGUGGCUCUUGAGGGCUUUUCCCCAAGGCUGCCCUUCCCCCUCCUUGGGGAAAAGCCCUGAAGAGCCGCUCACACGCUCCACGCGGCUCUUUAAAGGGAGCGCUGAGCAGAGCCUCCCGCCUGCAUUCACUCCAUAAGAUGCACACACAUUUUCCCUUACUUUUUAGGAGGGGAAAAGUGCGUCUUAUAGAGUGAAAAAUAUGGUAGAUGUUCUAAGGCUCAUUGGAGAUGAAGUACCCCUGCUUGCUGUGGCUUAAAUCCGUCUUGUCUCUCUUCCCAACCCCGAUCCCUCUUGACAGCUACACUUCGCUUGGGAGCAUGAGUAACACACAGAAGAAUCCAGCCCUGCGCUAUACGAACGCCGCAGGGCAGGAAUGCUACCGGCCAGCCUAUGAGCUGGAAAACGAAGAGGACGAGCGCAACUCCCGCCACUGAAGCCUGGCUAGGCCUGAUGCUCGUUGCCCCGGCAACCGCUGGCCAGCGCUGGCCAGCUGACAAGGCCCGAAGCCUAGCUUGGUUAAGGCUUGGGCCAGGCCGAGGCAAAAUGGCGUCGGUGCCGCUACUACCGCUGGGCCACCAAAGGGCUGCUCUCACACCGACAAUGUGAUCGGCAGUUGGCUGUAAGCACCGUUCCGUCCAUCAUGUGAGGGAACAGUAGACCCUGGAAAUAAACUAGUUCUUCAGUUGCCUCUU